AUGUCUUUCCGAUUCAACAAUAUUCUGUUCUCCAACAGCAUACAAAUUGCCACAGGGUUCUUAACGAAACCGCUGGUCCCGGUGUUGAGCCCACUUGCUCUGUCACGCGCGAAAAAGACCCUGGAACUUGGACUUGGCUAUUAUGUCAACAACUCGGAAUCCAACUUGUCGAUAACCCUCUCUCCUCAUAGACUUCCCCCCAGCCCCAUAUUUGAUGUAUGUCUCUACGAAAACGUUCACUGGCCUGACUGGAUCAAGAUACUAGGCAACCAGCCUUUCGAUCUCAUUCUUGAACCUCUCUCAGUCUUUUUAAUUCGUCACGGAGAAAAAACUGAGGUAAAAGUUUUGUGGUCAAAAGGAUUGGAUUCGCCUCGGGUAACUUUUACGUCUUUUGACCCCUUUUGCGACGAGAUGCACCUUCCCAGUGGCAGACUUGUCCGACACUCAACAGCUAGGCCUACUCGACAGACGAUCUCGCAGCCAUUUGUUGCUACCUCGCAUGCACCGAUUUCGCGUGAACUGUUACAAACCAAGCAGGAGGCGGAGAAUGAAGCAAAUGAAAUCUUAGGCUUGAUUUCUACUUUUACAGCCGCCUCACCAUCUCCAGCCAGUGAUAAGUUCAUUAUCCCGCAGCCGACCCUCAUCGUCCCGGAUCAAGUUAUGCAAGUUGAAUCUUCUUUGCCGGAUAUUGUGUCUCCCCCGGGCACCAGGUCGAGCUCAGGGUCGUCUAGGUCCUCCAGGUUCUUUCUUACCCACAAGAAUGAGGAAUCGUUCUCGUCUGACUCUUCCUUUCAAUCUUUCAAUAGCUUGAAUGUCUCUCCUAAAGUGGUCGAAGGCGAUGAUGGAGGCGCUGUGGCCUUAGGUCCUCUCAAGCGGGGCGAGGUUGAGGUUUUCGUCGACAAGCAGAAGAAAGAGGUGACGAAAUACCUCUAUCGAGGGGGACAAAGCACUGUCCUCACGGGCGGUGUCAUGCUUGGAGGACCGUCCGCUGCAGUUCAUGCAACACGGGGCCGAGCUGCAAAACAUCGCGCCCCGAUCAGUGGCAAAAAAAUCUCUGGCUUUAAUAAAGCCACUGGCUCGGCCGACAACAGGAGGCAGUCUCGCCUUGAUUGA